UUACAAUUUUUGCGGAUGUUUUUCCUUUUUUUUUUCGCACAUUUUCCGGGUUGGUUUUAUUUUCCCGUGGGUAGUCAAUUAAUCAAAAACGAGUCUAAUUUAACGCUUAAAUAUUUUUUCAUUAUUUAUUAUUUACAAGCUGGAAUUUAAAAACUAAAAGGAACGGAAGAAACAAUGUCUGCAAGAAGAAAAUGUCCGAAAAAAGUCUGCAAAAGUCCGCAAAAAGUAUCCGCAAUAAUUGUAACCCUCCGUUUUUACAUGUGUUUUAAUCGCCACAUUUUUUUUUUAAUUUUUUGUAAAUUUCAGCAAUUUUUAAAAAUUUUAUUCCAAACUUUAUGAAUUGUGAAAAAAUUACUUAUCAAGUGGAUCCAUCCAAUGUUGAGGAAAAUAAGCGUGUAUUUAUUCUUGGAAUUGGAAAUCCUCUUUUAGAUAAACAAUUGGAGACAGUCGACACUAAAUUACACGAAAAAUAUAAUUUGAAGACUGACUCGGCGUCGUUGGUAUUUCCGUGGAAUGAACAGCAAUUGCUUCCUUUAUUUGCCGAUUUGGAUGAGCUUAAAGAUUCAAUAAAAUCCAUUCCUGGAGGUUCAGCACAAAAUACAUUACGUGUCUUUCAAUGGGUUUUGGGAGCGAUUGGUGGCCCUACAAAAAAAGCCGUUGCCUAUUUUGGCGCUGUAGGGGAUGACAACAACGCCGAACAUUUAAAAUGGUUGGCAACAAAAGCUGGUUUAGUUGUUCGGUAUCAAUUAAUACCUAAACAAAAGACGGGGGUUUGUGCUGUUUUGGUUUAUGGAACUGACAGAUGUCUGGUUGCUCAUUUAGGCGCGGCAGAAAAAUUCACUUCUAAACAUUUGGACAUUCCGGAAAACAAAUUGCUUAUAGAAAAGGCAGAGAAUUAUUAUGCGGAAGGCUAUUUCCUCACAGUCUGUCCAGAAGCAAUUUUACAAAUAGCUAAACACGCAGCAGAGAAAAACAAACCUUUUACUAUGAGUUUAAGUGCUGCUUAUAUUUGUAAAGAUUUUUUACCUCAACUUAAUUCCGUGUUACCUUAUGUUGAUGUACUUUUUGGUAAUGAAGAAGAAGCUAAUGCUUAUGCAGAAGCUAAUAAUUUUAAAGAAAAUGAUUUGAAGGAAAUUGUGAAGAAAAUUGCUAAUUAUAAAAAGAUAAACACUCUUCGUUCCCGCCUUGUUGUUAUAACACGUGGAGAGAAGUCUAUAUUUGUUGCAAUUGGUAGUGGAGAGUUUCAAACAUUUCCAGUGGAUACAAUAGAGAGGAAUUUAAUUAAAGAUACAAACGGGGCUGGAGAUGCUUUUUCUGGGGGCUUUCUGGCUGCCUUGGCAAGUGGGCGUCCCUUAGAAAAAUGCAUUAAAUCAGGCAAUUUUGCUGCACGUACAAUUAUUCAAAAUGUGGGUUGUACUUUUCCUGAUAAUUGUGAUUAUAAAGAAGAGUAAGGUGAAUUAAAAAAGAGAGGGUUUUUAAUUUUAAGUUGAAUUUUUUUCUAUUUCUCGGUCUGUUGCCUUGCCCCUCCUGUUUAUUUAUGGUUAUUUAAUUCUUCCUCAACCAAAAUAUUUUAUUAUUUUUUAAAUUUAAAAUUUCAGUAUUAUAUUUUUUUUAAUUUUAAUUUUAAAAACCAAAAAAAUUUUUUUUCCGGAAACACCAAAAAUUUUCUUCUUGAAAAUACCUAAAAUAUUAUUCUAAACAACGCUAUUCCUUGCCUUCUAAAAUUUUUGUGAUUUUUUUUAUUUUUGAAUAAUAUUUAAUAUGAGAGAUUGUUAUUUUAAGUAAAUUUUCUUAUAUAAAUAUUUUUUAUUAAAUUAGUUUUCUUUAAAUUUAGAUAUAACGGACAUUUGCGGACACUAUUUUUGUGUCCGCAAAAACAUUAUUUAAUUCUGGUUUUGUGAUGAUAAAAUUCUGAUGUUUUGAUUAAAUUCUGAUUGUGUUUUACUGUGUUUAUGUUUUGUUUUAAAAAUAUUCUGGUUAUGUUUUGUUUGGAAUCUGAUUUAUUUGAACACAUUGUUUUAUUUUAAUUCUGGUUGUGUUUUAAUAAUAUUCUGAUUUUGUUACAAUGUUUUGAUAAUUUUCUGAUUAUGUUUUAUGUUUAAAUAAUAUUCUGAUUUUGUUUUACUCCUGCUUAGUUUUAUAAUGUGCAAUGUUUUGAUAAAAUUCUGAUUGUGUUUGACAUAGUGUUUUGAAUAAUAAAUUCUGUUUAGAUGAAAAUUCUGAUUACCUAUGUUUUUGUUUGUUUGUUUGAAAUAUGUUUUGUUGGGAUAUUUUUUGUGUUUGUUUUUAGUUCUGAAUUUCUGUUUUUAUUUAGAGUUCUUUUAGAAUAAAUUAGAAAUAAUAAAAUAAAAAAAAAUAAAAAAAAUUUUAGAAAAAACAAAAUUAGAAAAUUUCUUUCCACAACCAUUAGGAAUACAUUCUUUAGGUAAAUUUGAUUCCCAUUUUAUUUUUAACAUUUUUGCCAUAGUUUCACGGCUACUAUCAAAUAAAUUUUCUAUUAUCUUAAAAAAAUAAAAAUUAAAAAAUUUCUAUUUAAAACCCUUUGAGAAACAGCCCCACAAUAUUUGCCGUAUUUAUUAACGAAACAAACAGAUAAAUGCCUUAAAUGUUCGCAAAUGAGAGAAACAAGUAUAACGCUAACAUUGUGUGUUAAACGUUCUGUGCUGUGGUGGAGUUGUCUGUUUAAUACUUAUAUUAAAACAAUGUUUUUAAUUUAUUCUGAUUUUUAAUUUUUUUCUGAUUUGUUUUGAUUAAAUUCUGAUUUUUUCUGACUUGUUGUGAUUAAAUUCUGUUUUUUGUAUUGUUUGUUGGGAUUAAAUUCUGAUGUUUUCUGCUUGUUCAAAUUAAAUUCUGAUUUUUUCCAAAUUGUUUAAAUCAAAUUCUGAUUAUUUUUCUGAUUUGUUUAGAUUUAAUUCUGAUUUUUUUCAAAUUGUUUAGAUCAAAUUCUGGUCUUUUUUCAAUGUUUUUAUUAAAUUCUGAUGUU